AUGAUGGAAGAUUGGAAAAAAGACCUUCAAGAUGUUGAUGCUGUUGUGGUUGCUCAUGAGGUAGACAGAUACCUACUUGAUCCAAUUGAGAAGCCAGGUCCAGGAGUUGAUUUUAAUAUUUUGUCAUGGUGGAAGCUAAUGGGAGGUAAGUAUCCUAAUUUGCAAGCACUUGCUAAAGAUGUCCUAGCCGUUCAAAUUAGUACUGUUGCUUCUGAGUCAAGUUUUAGCACUGGGAAAAGAGUUAUUGAUCCUCAUAGGAGUUCAUUAACUCCUAGAUCAGUGGAAGCACUGAUCUGUCUUCAAAGUUGGCUUAAGUCUGAUUCCAUCACAACCCUUGCAUACACUCCUACCCCAGAUGAAAUUGAAUGGUUUGAAAAAACUGAACAAGAAUUGGACCAAGAGGAGAGAGAGCAUAGAGAGAAGUUAGAGAAACAAAAGGAAAUGGAGUUGAUUGAGAAGAAAAAUAAAGCUGCAAAAGCCACCAAAGGCUCUGAUGCUGGAACUUCUUCCAAAAAGAAAAUUUGA